UGGAGCUGAGCUAAAUAGGGAGCGCGUCCCUCUAGACGUUAUUAGGCUACAUGGAGGCGCACUUCCGUCCCGCAUAAUUCGGUUUAGGGGAGCAGGAGCAGGGAAGGGGACUGAAGCGUCACCUCAGACAAAGCAAUAUAUUUGAUUUACUGUAGAGUUUAAUUUAUACCUGGACGCUGGGUCGGAAGAUGGUAGCAAAACAAAGAAUCCGCAUGGCAAACGAGAAGCACAGCAAAAACAUCACUCAGAGGGGGAACGUGGCGAAGACCCUGCGACCGCAGGAGGAGAAAUAUCCAGUGGGGCCAUGGCUUUUGGCACUCUUUGUAUUUGUUGUUUGUGGAUCAGCCAUCUUUCAGAUAAUCCAAAGUAUCCGAAUGGGAAUGUGAGUCCCAGUGUUCCUCACACACUCUGUCCUUCAUCUGAAUGAGAUUUUUUUGGGUGACUGGAUACAGUCUGAAGGAAGAGCGAUCGGGGAAAUCCUGUUUGUGGGUCAGAGGCUUGUAUGCUCAGCUGGAUCUAGUGUACAACUCUACAUGACAUUGUCACAUGUUUACAGUGUCCCUGGUGGAAGGGAGCACAUGCUUUUCUACAAAACCACAGUUGCUGUCGACACAUCUUAUCAUUUUGGUCAUAUUUAUUUGUGAUUGCUGAUUGCCAUGAUCUAUUUCUCUAUUUAACCGUUUGCGUGAGACUUUUUCAAAUAAACGUCAAACACAUUUGGAUAAUGCCUCAUGUCAGUUUUGCUCUUUCAAAACAAGUUCACGUUUGUGAACCAUCAUGAAUGUUUCAGUAAAUUUAAAAAUGUACAUUCGUCAUGUGAAAUCAGCAGACAGUCCCACUGGAGCAGAUAACAAUCAGAGAUCUUUCUGAAAUGUAUGGGUCAUCUGGAUGUUAAACUGCAACCAGUCUUGAUCCUGGUUCAUUGAACAGAAGUGUGUUCUAGCUUUGCAGUCUAUAAGAAAACAUGGAUGGAGUGAAGCAAGCAAAAAUAUUUUAAAUUCAAUCAAUGUUUAAAUUUUUCCAGAAUCAUAAAGAGAGACUUGUUUAGAUGCCGUUCCAUAUAUAUGCUUUAUGCAUUGUAGAGUUUAAAUUAAAUUACGAACACUACUAUCUUAGUGCACCAUUGAUGUUGAAAAGACAAAAAAAUAUACAAAUCCAACUGACAUCAGAAACUUGACACAACGUUGAUUUGAUGUAAACUGAACGUCAAACAUAAUGGCAUACAUAUACAAUAAACCAAUGUCAGUGUGGGAUAAACUUCUUUCUUUCACCCCUGGAAGAAACUCCCAUCCAAACUGAACUUAAAAUGGCAGCUUGAUCGAGUCUUGACUAAUAUUUGACAUCAGAUUGAUACCAAGGUGCAUGCUUGUAUGGAGACCAACAAAACUUUUGAUUUUGAUGAACUUUUCAUAAUAAUGCUAUGUCAAAACUGGCAUUUUAUGAUCUUAUUGUGAAUGAUUCCUCCAUAAAAUACAUGCAUUUUAUUUUUAAUAUAUAUCUUCAUAUAUCACUUUAAUUAAUAUAUAUAAAUAUAGACCUUUUAAUUUUUAAUUAAAAUACAACUUGAUCUUUUUUUUUAUGAUUACACUCAGAUGUAUGCCACAAUACAAAAAAGAUCUGUCAAUUCGUCGGUUUUAAUCGUGUCUUUAAAUAGAUUUUUCAGGUUGCUACAGAAACAUCUAAACUAGAAAAACACAGCCAUCACAACACGAGGAUAUGGCAUAAAUACUUACCAGUCUGUAGAAUCGCACCAUAAACCUUACCCACGACAAUCAUAUCUACAGUUCAUCCGAUGAAAACAUCUGGCGCGUCACACAAGCGGAAGCAUCAAGGGUUUUUCCCAACGGUGUUCACAAACAUGACUUUAUUGAGAGUUGUGAAGUGCAACUGGCAAGUGUGCAAUUACAGCAUUUUACAACUUAUCUCCUGGUUUUGAGAACAUGCACAGAACAUAAGCAUACGAGUUGUACACAAUGCAAAUCCAUGUCAGCUAUAUGAUAGUCGAGUGACUGUAAGUUCAAAGAUUGAUCCAGAAUACUUCACGGUCCAAACUGAAAACAGAAAAUCACAUGGGUGUAAUACUUCAAAAUCAUCUCGAGGGAACAAAGUAGUAGUGUACAGUAGGAGUUAGAGGAGUAGUUUCCAUCUGUCAGAUAAAUAUCGCUUAACAGCAUUAAAAAAAGAAGGAUGAUGUCUCCUGGGUAAGCCAACUACCUUAAAUCUGUACAACCUAUAUAGUGUCUCUUUAACCGCUUCACAUGAUAUCACUAUUUUACAAAAUACUUACACUAAUCAUACAAUAAUAUACAGCCUGUCCACCUCGCAAUUCAGCUCAUCCGCCAUUCUCACCGCACGGAGAACGAAUGAGGAUUUGAAGCAUCAUCCCUCCUGGUUUUCUUCAUUC